AUGGAUCCUCAAAUUUUGUUUAGUCAAGUUGAAUAUAAGAAAAUACUGACUUUCAAAAUUGUUAGUCAGAUAACUUAGAUUCUAAACGAUUUUAGUAAAUACGAAGAAAUCAAGUUCAUAGGCUAAAGUCCUUUCAGCUUAAUCUUCUCAGCCUACAAUAUUAGAAAAUUUAGAAGAGAAGCAAUCAAGAUUGUAAAUUUUGAGCCUAGGAAACUUGAAAUUCUUUAAGUGGUCAGGAAAGAAGCAAUUCCUAUAAAAAAUAUUCAAAAACACCCAAAUAUAGUUUAGAUUUAUGACGAACAAUUUAUUGAAAAGGAGGGAAACACUUUUUUAGUUAUUGUAAUGGAAUAAUAUGAAAAAAAUUUGGAUGAAAUAAUGGAAGAAAUGAGAGUAAAAGGAUAACGUUUUGAAUUCAAUUAAAUGAUCCAUUUGGUAAUAACACUCCUCGACGGAUUAACAGCGAUCCACUAAGCUGGAUCUGUUCACAGAAAUAUAAAAGCUUCAAAUAUAGUUCUAAAGGAUGGAGUCUACAAAUACUCUGAUUACUCACUCCCUAACCUUUGUUACCCUCUCCUUAAAUCAAGAUACGGUACUCCUAUGUUCAUAGGACCAGAAGUGAUGAAAAAUGAAGGAUACAAAUAGCAGACUGACAUUUACUGCUUAGGUUUCCUUUUGAUGAAAAUGGACAACAUAAGUUUAAUGAAUUACAAUAUUCAUUAAGGGGAACAAGAAGAAAAAAAUAAGUUAAUUAUGAGAAUUCAUUACGAUGCCUUUAGUAAAAAUAAACUACCUGAAGAUUUUGCUAUUAAUAAAGAUAGCUUUUUCUAUCCUUUUAUUAUGAGUAUGAUUUAAUCUAACUUCACCCUAAGAAAAAAUACAAAGUUCUACAUGGAAAAGCUGCUAAUUUAUUUAAAAGACCAAUUCAAACCAAUACCAAUCAUUUAUUCUUAUAAACCAGAUUUUGACUUUAUCUUUUAGAAAUAAUUCAAGGACCUUGACGAAACGGAAAUUUCUAUCAAAGAAAAAGAAAUUGUGGAAGACCAAAAACAUAUUUUUAAAUUCCUCAAUUUCAAAAAUGAAGAUGCUGACAUUAUAAACAUCGCAAAGCACUUUUACUAAAAAAAGAAUUUUUAUAGUCACUUUUGUUUAGAGUGUAAUAACAGAGAAAUCAGUGAUAAAGCACUUCAAACAUUGAGUGAAUCAUUCAAGCAGUAGAAUAAUCUAAUUGAUAUCUAGUUAAAUUUUAAUUUUAACAAUAAGUUCACUGAUAUCAGCUUAAAUAGUUUGACUGAAUAGCUAAAGUCUCACAUAAUCCUCUAAAGAUUGCAUUUAAAUUUCAACUAUAACUACCAAUUUACAAAUUAAGCUGUUGUUAAUUUGUUUGAAAGUGUAGGUAAUUAUAUAAAUUUGAAAGACUUUUUACUUAAUUUGAGAGGAAAUAGCGAAUUUACACCUUAAGCAUUUAAUUUAUUGUGCAUUAAACUUCAGGAUCUUUAGAAUCUACAAAAACUCAGUUUAAUUUUUUCAUGCCAAAAAAAAUUAAAAGAUGAUUCUAUGAGCUAUCUUGCAAGCUGCUUGAAAUUUCUAUUUAGCCUAACAUAUUUUAAUUUAGAACUUCAAUGUUCUUGGAUGGUAACUGAUGAUGGCUACAUACAACUUUUAGAUUCAAUAGAAAAUAUGUAAAAACUAGAAUAUCUUCGAUUAUUAUUUGAUUGUAAUAAAAAUUUUACUAAUGAAACACUAAAGAAAUUAGAUAAAACCUUACAUCAGCUUAGAUAUUUAAAAGAACUACAUCUAAGUUAUUAGCAAAAUGAUAAAUUCUAGGCUUUGUAUAAAGAAGACAUUAUGGAAAAAAUUGAAACAAAAAAUUACAGAGUUUACAGUGUUUAAUUUAAGUAAAAUUUAUUUCAAAAUUUAUUAAUUUAAUUUUAUUAAACUUGGAGAUCAAAUUAUGAGUUCAGAAUAGAAGACUACUAAAGAGAGGUAGAAAAGAGUGAAAUUUUUGAAAGCUACUAAAAAUUCGUUGUUUGA